AAACAUCGCACCUCCUCAUCUCUGCUUGCCCACUUUCCUCUCUUCGGGAUAAACACCAUGGUCCUCAAUCUCUUGCGCCGCGUCUGGCCGCAAACCUUCCCUGCCAAACCGACCCUCACUUCAGCCAACCUCCCUCCGCAAUCCAAUCGCGUGGUGAUCAUCACCGGCAGCACCGCCGGCAUCGGCCUGGAAUUGGCGCGCAUUCUGUACUCCGCCGGCGCCACUGUCUACAUCGCCGCCCGUAAUGAACAAAAAGCCCAGGCCACCAUCCAAGCCCUCACAGCAGAAGACCCCACUGCUUCCGGCAAACUUAUCUUUCUGCCCCUUGAUCUCUCAGAUCUCACCACAAUCGGUCCCUUUGUGACCCAAUUUCUAGAGCGUGAAUCACGUCUCGACCUUCUCUUCAACAAUGCCGGUGUCGCAUUGCAGCCCCUGACGCAGCGCACCGCCCAGAACCUCGAGCCGCAGCUCGGUAUCAACUGUGCGGCGCCCUACCUCCUCACCACUCUGCUGUCAGAUGUCCUCACCCGCACCGCCGCCCAUGCACCCCCGGAUAGCGUGCGGGUGAUCUGGUCGAGCAGCAUGAUCGUCGAAACCCUGGCGCCGCGCGGCGGCGUGCCCGCCAAGGAACUCGAUAACCCUUCGAGCAACGUGUACCGCAACUACGCGAUCAGCAAAACGGGCAACUGGUUCCUGGCGGAUCGGUUUGCCAAGAAGUUCGCUGCUGCAGCUGGCAAAGACGAAAAGGCUGUGGUUAGCGUAACGGUCAAUCCGGCCAACGCGUACACCGGCAUUUACGACGAUGCGCCCAAGCUGGUGGUGUGGAUGUGCAAGCCCAUCUUCUACACGGCUCGGGAGGGUGCCAACUCGCUGCUCUGGGCGGGUUGUAGUUCAGAGGUCACGGCUGCGGAUAGCGGCAGGUAUAUUAUUCCGUUUGGCCGGUGGCAUCCCUGUCCCCGGGGGGAUCUGGUUGAGGAAAUGAGCAAGGGCGAUGAGGGCAAUGCGGUAGGAUUGGAGAAGUGGUGUGAGCGUGUAACAGCAGAUUUCCGGUGAUCUUGGCGCUAUGAUUGAUACCCUCAGGUACAUCCCGGGAGAAGGUGGAUAACCAUCCUUAU